AGGCACUGGCGGCUGGCGGCUCCCCUACAUCACAUCGCGUUUCCGUUCCCACUUUCACAUCAACACUCCUGCAAUCCCCUCAGAUCCUCCGCACCACUCUCGUCUCCCUGCUGGCUGUUGCACGUAUUCGCACACCAGCUCUCCCAGAUCCAUUGUUGGUCCAGCUGAACCCCGCCCACACAAACACAAUAAUACCACGUAGCCAACAUGACGCUCUACUACAGCCUGGUCUUCAUGCUCCUGGUGACGGAGAUGCUCAUCUUCUGCGCCCUCAUCGUCCCUCUUCCCUUCACAUGGCGCCGCAAGCUCUUCACCUUCAUCUCGGAGAGCCCCAUAAUAGCAAAGCUGCAAUAUGGCAUGAAGAUUACCUUCAUCUUCAUCCUGAUUCUGUUCAUUGACAGCGUCAACCGCGUAUACCGCGUGCAGAUUGAGCUUUCUGGCUCAGACGACAAUGGCCGCGGAGGAAACGUCGCUGCUGGAGGCAUUGAGCGCAUGGAGGUCCAGGCUCGCAAGUUCUACUCGCAGCGCAACAUGUACCUUUGCGGCUUCACCCUCUUCCUGUCGCUCAUCCUCAACCGCACCUACGUCAUGAUCCUCGAUGUUCUCCGUCUCGAGGAGGAGGUCAAGACCCUGAAGGGCGACCCCGCCACCAAGAAGGGCUCUUCCCUGAAGGAUGUUGGCGGUGCCGGCGAGGUUGGAGCUCUCAAGAAGGAGCUUGAAGCCAAGGACCGCGACAUGGCGAACCUGAAGAAGCAGGUCGAGAACAUGCAGAAGGAAUACAACCGCAUGGGCGACCAGGUCUCUGGCAAGCAGUAGAUGCACACGGUAGCUUCGAAUGGACACGGAUGCAGCCGGCGCUGGCUUCCCAAAGUCCAGGAGAGGUUUUAACUACGAUUAUACCUUCAAAUUUGAAGCUUCAAGGGCCCUGUGCCGGUGGACACCAGCCGUGCACACGAUUAUAUCGUCUUUGUUCUUAGGGUGUAAGAGGGAUUAGGAGGAA